CAUGGUUGGUGUUGAUGUAAAAACAAAUGCACGUGUUCUAUCAGUUCAACGUGUUGUUGCUGUUGUUGUUUCAGUUCUGUGACUAGAGCGUCAAUUUCAUCGCUUUUGUCAACUCUUGAAAAUUCGGAUGAGGGGUUGCAUUCGUUGAAUUUUUAAUUAGAUACAUCACCUAAAAUAUUAGGGUUAAGAUGUUUGUCUCAGACCCCCACAAUGUCAAAAUUUACAAUCUCAGCGCCGGGAAGUCGCUUCCAGAGUGGCUUGCUGAAAAGAAAAAAUCGAAAGCGUCUUGGAAAAAGAGUGUUGAAUACCAGCGACAAAUUACUCUGAUCCAGGAGUUUGACAUGCCUGCCGUGAGUUCCACGGUGAAGGUAACACCUGAUGGUCAGUCAAUCCUCGCCACAGGAAUCUACAAGCCGAGGGUCAAGUGCUUCGACGUGAACAAUCUUUCCAUGAAAUUUGAAAGAUGCUUCGAUUCUGAAGCACUCACCUUUGAAAUUUUGUCUGAUGACUAUAGCAAAAUCGCUUUCCUCCAGUGUGACAGAUAUAUCGAGUUUCACGCAGCGUUUGGCCGAUAUUUCAGGCUGAGGGUGCCCAAAUUCGGCCGUGACAUCACCUACCACACUCCGACCUGUGAUCUUUACGUUUGCGGCUCAGGGUCCGACAUCUACAGACUUAAUUUAGAGCGGGGCCAAUUCUUGCCGCCUUUGACAUCAGAAUCAACUGAGUUUAACUGUGGAGUGAUGAGUCCUCAACACCAUCUCCUCAUGUUUGGAAGCAAGGAAGGUCGGGUUGAGGCGUGGGACCCCAGAACGAGGACCACGGCCAAGAAACUUGAUUGUGCUAUGAGUUGUGUUGACAAAAUUAGCGACCCAGAUGCCCUCUUCCCGUCCGUGACGGCGCUCAAGUUCAAAGACAGUCUGCAAUUUGGCGUUGGUACUGCCUCUGGACAGGUCCUGCUUUACGACCUGCGAUCGUCAAAGCCACUCAUAAUGAAGGACCACAUGUUUGGUCUGCCUAUCAGAGGACUAGAGUUCCAUCCUGAAAUGAACAUGACGCUCUCCAUGGAUUCGUCGGUGAUCAAAAUUUGGAACUGCGACAAUGGCAAUUUAUUCACGUCGAUUGAACCUGGUGUGGAGCUAAACCAGUUCACAUUGGUGCCCAAAUCAGGCAUGAUGUUCAUCGCAAACGAGAGCCAGAAAAUCCUCACCUACUUCAUUCCUACUCUGGGCCCUGCUCCUCGUUGGUGCGGAUUCUUGGACGGCUUCACAGAGGAACUCCAGGAGAGUGAGCACACUAACAUUUACGACGACUAUAAAUUCAUCACUGCCAAGGAGGCUGAGGAACUUGGAUUCUCUAAUUUGAUUGGAACUAACUUGAUGCGAGCGUACAUGCAUGGCUACUUCAUCAACAACAAUCUGUACAGAAAGGCCAAGGCACUUGUAGAGCCGUUCGCCUUUGAAGAGUACAGGCGCAAGAAGAUCAAGGAAAAGAUCGAGGAGGCCAGAUCAAACCGAGUCAAACUACCGUCGAAACUGCCUCAAGUGAACAAGGACCUAGCCCAGAAACUGAUGGAUCAAGACACUGAAACUGAGGGCAAAAAGAAGAAAAAGCAAGUUGGCCCGUCGCUGCUGGGUGACGAUCGUUUCAAGGCUCUUUUCGAGGACAAGGACUUUGAGGUGGACACAACCACAGACACCUACAGGCUGCUCAACCCAGUGGUAUCAAAACUGGUCAGCAAAAAGGCGAAGAAACAGGCAGAGGGCAGCGAUGAAGAACUGGAGACGGACGGUGACGAGGACAGAGAAGACUCAAGCUCGGACGACGAACACACGUGGACCAAACAGGUGAAGAAGGAGUUCAAAAAGAUCAAUAUGGAGAGGGCCCAAGAGCGCAAGGAAGAGCUGGCCAAGGCUAAGGCUCAGCCCAGGAUGUACGAGCUGAAGGCCGGCGAAUCGUUCAAGUGGAACGAAAAACCAGACAAAAAGAAGAAAAGGGCCACCCUUGGCGAGCGACUGGAGCGUGAGGACAGCAAUGAUGCUGUAAAAUCCAUUGGCAGCUCCCGAGAGAUCAGUUUCAGUGUUAGAAAGCUCGACAGGGAGAAAAAGGCUAAGGAAAGAUUGCGUGAGCAUCAUGAAGAAAGAAGAAAAAUUCAGAGAUCUGUACGCGGUUUAAAAUUAAAGCCUAUCCCUGGCAUGUCAGGAAGAGGGCGAGGAAGAAGGAAAUAAACUUAAAUAGCUUUUUUAUUCCA